AUGAACACCAUUCUCGUGUUUGUCGCCCUUCUCGGUUUCGCACUUUGCGAGGAACCUGCUCCUCAGCCUCCUCAGGCUCUUCCCGAGGACAAAAAGGCCGAGGCUGUUCCAGUCAAAGGAAUUGACAAUCUCAGUGAGGAGGAAAAGGCGGAAGUCGAGAAGAAAAGAGAGCAAAUCCAGGCACUGGGCAGCCGCAAGGAAAAAAUUGAAGCGCUCCGCAAGCUGAGAGAGGAGAAUCCAAAGGUUUACAAGGUUCUGAAGACCAUCUUUAAGAAAGUUGUUCGGAAACCAAAACGUGGAAACAGAAAUGGUCCUAAAAGAAAGAUGGGAUCUCUCGGUUUCCGUCGAAACAGGAAACUCAGUCGUGGAUGGCAAAAGGGAAAAAAAGAGAGAAAAUUCUUCAAGAAAAAGUCUUUUGGUCCGAAGAACUUACCAGAACCUAUGAAGCCUAUGCCAGCAAAACUGGAUGCAGUAUCCGUUGAAGCUUAA